UGUUAAACCAGUUAGAUGAAUAGCACCUUGGUCCAAGUACGUCACCUGGUUAGUGAUGUAAUAAAUAAGGUGAAAGAGAAGAAUGGCGGCAAAAAUGGAAUUUUACCCUUUUGGAUCAAUUUUGGUCAAAAAAUAACUGAAAAUAACUCUGCUGUAGGUUAACAUGAGAAACCUUGGUAUCACAUAUAUUGGCUUAGUCCUCGCAGUCCUCACCUUCACUGUUCUAGGAGGGACCUUCUCUCGUCGUCUAGAUAUAACGGAUGACAGCGAUCCCCUGUACUCAUACCCUGCACCUCGUAUACUCCCCGGUCCAUCCAUAGACCCUGCACCUGUGGUGCUUCCUGCUGGUAGUGUGGAUAGAGCUCCGGAGGUGGCUCCUGCAGGGGCAAUAGAACCAGCAUCCCAGAUCGCCCCUGCACCUGCUGUACUCCCUUCUAAUGCUAUCAGAGAAAAGAACAGAGCAUAUCCUGAAGAAAAACGUUUUGCAAUACAAAAACAAGGAAAGCGUAGGCAAGCUUUGGAAGAAGCAAUUAUCACAGCACAACAAAUCUGGAAAAAUGGGAUGAAUGGGAUCCUACCACAAACACAAAAUAACUCACAGAAAACGCAACAAAAACCAGACCAGGGUGCAAAAGAGGAAAACAGCAAGGCUGUUGUUGUCAUUGAAGAAACUGUACCUUAUAAUCAGCAGUCGGAAGAAAAGAACAGCAAACAAUUUAUACGUAUGAAAGGAAAAGAGCAAGUGAUGGGACAAAAAACCUCUUUUACAAAAGGCUUACUUCAUUAUCCUCUCUACACAAAGGGUGAUAAUACUGCUAAUUUUAGAAUAUUGAAAAAGAAUGGAGCAAUCUUAAAACCUGGGAAAGCCUAUGCUCCAACUCCUUUUCAUUUUACUCUCGAUCGAAAAAAUAAAACAACAAAAGCUACUACUACUACUACUACGAAGUCUGCGUCCACAUCACCAACUAAAGCCUCCGCGAGAUCAAAGGCUAUUAAAGAAAGGAAAAAAAUGGAGAAAACAAAAGAAAAAUGUAAGGGUGUGGCUUACAGGCCAGGUUUACAUCCUAAAGUUCGAGUUGUUCCAACACAGACUGGAUUUAUUGAGAAAGAACCAAAUGUAAAGCAUGUAAACAAAGCUCCGAUGCAAAAGCCACUCACCAAACCUACGAAAAAGAUGUCGACGCAGACUCUCGCUGGCUGUUCAAUGGAACCUGAGACAAUAAACACACACACACCAACAAAAUCAACCGGAGUUAAGCAAACUCUAUGUAUUCCUCACGUGGUUUUGCCACAUAGGAAAAAUAAACAUGGACGAAGAAAAUUUAAAACAAAACAAACAUUACAUAUACAGCGGAUAAAUGAUAACGCAAGAGCAAGACUUUCUAUUAACAAGAAAAUAAGGAAUUCAAAUAGUAGAAGGAAUGAAAAUAAUUUGAAAACGGAUAAUUAUAAAAAACGAAGAAAUUCAAAAAGCACUAAAUCUUCGUCAAAUGAUGAAGUGGACAAUAAGAAGAGAUUUCGUUUUUUUGCAAUAGCCUUAAGAAAUGGAAAAAUAUUUCAAAAAGCUAAAUUUAAUGUCAAGCACAAUGACGAGGUCGGAAAGAAUCCCGUCAAAAAUUAUAAAACACGGGAACGUCGCCAGCUAAUGAUGCCCUACACGGGACUUACGAGCGAUCCCGCACAGAUCAGUCCUUUGGCUCAGCAGUUUGUAUCAAGUUUAUCCAGUGCUCAACCUGUCUUGUCACAAACGCAGAAUAUUCUUGGGCAACUGUUAACUGGUCAGUCUGAACAACCACUGCUGUCUCAGUCAAGUCUUGUUGAUGGGCAGACGUCAUUGUAUUCCUCUCUUCUUCAACGGCAAGGUUUGACAUCAGCUCUACCUCUGCUGCAACAGCAACAGCUUAUUCAGCCAGUAGGCGUACCUUCAUCAUUAUCGCAAGCUCUACCAGCCCAAACAGGCCUAUCUGUUCCCAUGGUAGCGAAUCCUGCCAACCAAAACUCCGCAAUGUUUUCUCAAUCACCAGUCACUCAGACAUUCCUGCCCUAUUCCUCGCAACUACGAAGUGAGCCCGGUGAAGCAAGACAUUCUAUACCUGAAGUGAGCGAGGAAUAUUCGAUUGAAGAGGAAUAUCCCCGUAGGGGGAGGAGACGUCAUCACCACCGUAGGGGAUACUUCACACGUUCCCGGAUGAGAAAAAACCCGUAUGAAUAUGACACCUAUAGGUCUUUUGAAGACACGUAUGGCAAAUCGCCGGGAAUCUUUGACGACUUGAAGGAUAUAAGUUCCGAGAUGGAUAGGUAUAUUGAUGGAGAUGCCUACCGAGAGGGUGGUGAAAGAAGAAGGCAACGGCAUCGAUAUGGGCGACGUUUCCACCAUUCAAGACAUACAAGGCCUUUUUAUAAAGAAUACAAAGACUACGAUUCUGAUGUAAGACUACGUGAAGAUGAAGGAAAUGAUGAUGACAUCUACAGCUCACAGAAACAAUAUGCUUCCCCCGAGGAAACAGAGGAACCUGGGCUGAAUCCCGGAGUACCUGACGUCCCAUUGGUCAAUGCCGAGAGACAACCCGUUGAAACACACGUGGCAGAUCCCGUGAUCGAUCCAAAAGAAGAAGCAUCUCUUCAUGAUGCGGAGGAGUCCACAGAGAAUGCUGUUAAAGACGAAAAUGUAAGAAAGGAGAAAGUAAAGGAGAAUGAAGUGAGCAAGGAUGACACAGACAAUGAAACCGAGGAAGCUCAAGCAAAAAGAAGCGAAUUGGUUAAACAUUUGGACCAAGACGCAGUAAUGCAUUUAGAUUUUGACGAAGAAGGAGCUCACAAAAAGAACAUCGUAAAAGACCAAAGUAACAACAACAACGACGCAACGCUGAGCAAUGGAGCGUCAGUGACUACCAAGAAUCUAGGAACGUGCGGACGAGGCGUUAUCCUGAAGAAAGGCGAAAUAUCCUACAACGGUGCAUCCUUCAAGAGAAAACCCACAAAAGAAGUCUCAAUAUCAAUGUGGGUCAAAUCCAAAAGCCCUGGAUCUCUUCGGUGGUUUGACCAAAGUGACUCUUCAACUAAAAGCUCCUUUACGAGCACUAAGUCUACCGCUGGCAAGAAAAAGCACUGGACGCACUUGGCGGGAACAUUCGACACAAAGACAGGGGUCACAAGGAUCUACGUUAAUGGGAAGCUGAAGCUUGAGAAAGUCGGCAAAAAGAACGAAGGGUUGCCUCAAGAUUUUACUUCCACAGGAAUAGGGAAGAAGUUUGGAGACAGUCACGUGACGUUCCUUGAUGACGUGUACAUGUUUGAUCGGGUUAUUUCACCGGAAGAGGUGACAGCGUUGUACAAGAAGUGUGAUUUUAAUCGUAUGAUUUUGCAUUAUGGAUUCCAGCACUGGAAUGGAACGACACAUCGAUUGGAUGAUCAGUCGGGGUUGCAAAACAAUGCAACCAUUAAAGGAGGUGCAUAUGUACGAGCCAGCGGUUGCGACAAGUGUGGCGCAUGCUUGGACCUUCAAUCUGAUGACGCAGAGGUUUAUCUCAACUCCAGUAAAUACCGACGCAAACCAACAUCUGCAGUAUCCAUAUCUGCCUGGAUUAACCUGAACAGAACAAGUAACGUACACUCGAUCUUCCAGGCGUUAGAAGAUGACAAUAAAAACGUAUACAACCUAGAAGUAAUAAACGGUAAAGUCCAUUGGCAAAGUAAAGACAAAAAGGGUGGCAUCAUAUUUGAUGCCUUAACCAAUGAGGUCACGAUUCCUGAAGGACUUUGGAGUCACGUGACCGGAACCUAUAGCUCGAAGACCGGAAAUGCAAAGAUUUAUGUGAACGGUCUUAUAAGAGCAAGUUUUCAUAACCAAAGUGGACCUAGGUUGUCUACUGAUUGGAGCAGGGCUAGUAUAGGAGGACAUUAUCCGGACAAAGAGCCAUUUAAUGGUCUUCUUGAUGAAUUCUUUAUGUACAACUGGGAACUCGAUCCUUCGGAGGUUGGGUUUGUGUCUAAGUACUGUGCAGACAAGCCAAAACUGGUCUCAUUUACAGUGAAAGUACCUAUUUUAUAGUGUUGAAUAAUGUUUUCUUGUUACUGUGACCUUCACAAGCUUGCCAAAGGAUUUCAGUUUGACAGCUAUCCUUUAUAUGUAAAUUUUUCUCACUUCCUGAUUGGUCGAGGGCAGUGGAAAAUAGGAGGGCAUACCAACAAAUUACGUCAACAAAUUACGAAUUGCUCGCUCACGGAACAAGCACGCGCUUGAAACCGUUUUUCUUUCAAACUGUUUCCGUGUUUUUGUAGCAGAAAACAAAUGGUUUAGCUUAGUUUGUGCUAUUAUUUACCACGAUAUGACCUAAAAAUUUGGUAAAAAUGUUUUUGAAAUUUUAAAAUAUCUGCGAUUUUUAUAGCGUGAACAAGCCAUUCUACUGAAAUAUUCUUUAGAAGUUGGUUGUCCCAGAAUCGUCCGAUCUAUUAAUAACUUCUGUGAUGGUUGUAAGGACAUGGCAACGGAUUCUUACAUAUGUUGUGGGAAAAGGAGAACCUUGAGGACUACUCUCGAAGCACAGAAGAAAAACUCUGCUGUCUGGGGGUCCAGGGAUUAAACCAGAUUACAAACUUGAGUCAUCUUUCUACUACUAGUACCAGAAUGCUUUGCGAAUUUUCUUUCAAUUUAUUCAAGUAUUUUUUCCUCAUACCAUUUGAAAGACAAUUAUUUAUACUAAAUAACUGAGAAUAAGAAAGUCUGCAAGGUAUUAUGGUAAUUGUAGUACGUCUGAUGCAUGGUGUAAUAUCAACGUUUUAAGAGUUUUCUCCCGUUAAAACGAGGUCCUAUAAUCGAAGUUCAUGUAUAAAUAAGGUUCAUUUAAAACAUUAACAUGUUUGCUGUCUUAUCACCUAAAUUAUAUCUUAAUCAUCUUUUCCUAGCCAAGCAACACCAGAUAAACAUCUAUAUACAUUCACUUCACACAUUAACCAAUUUAGAGUUUUUUAUAGGAAAUCCGAAAUCUUCACUUAAAUGCCAUAUUUCACGAAUGAAUGAAUGAAUGAAAACCUUUAUUUAAGCAGGGUAAUCCCUUCAGGAACAAUAGUACUGCUAUCAGCGGGAGCCUUCAAGUCAUUUAUAAAUCUAGACGGGUAACUUGUUUACUGUUAUCAAGCAAAAUUUAUAUGGUGUUUUUUGCUGCUUGGAUAAUUAUAAAUAUAUGAAUUACAUUUCUUAUAGCAAAUUUUUCUGGGAAAAAUAUUCCAGGAAUUUUCGGAUAUUUUAUUCUUUUAUUUUUCGAGAAAAAUUUGCUUGUAGAAACCUAGUUUGCAUCUUUAAAAUCUAUAUUCCUUACUUUCCAUCACAUUAAUCAUUUCAUCUUAAAAUCCAAGAUUUUGACUGAAUUAGUUAAUAUAAUUUCGAACUAAAAUUAAGCUGUUUUAUUAAAUUAAAACUGAAUUUAACAUGACCUUGUGUAGAAUUAUGUGGCACGGAUGAAACAGCGAAAGCGCCAUGCGAGGAACUCCCUUUAUUCUAGUCGUGGAAAUGUUAUGAAAGCCGUUUGAAGUUUAGAAACAUAUCUCUAUGAGAAAUGAUAACCAUGACCACAGUAUGUCAUCAUUAAAUAAUAUAUAUAUGUGUGUGUGUGUGAGUUUUAUUAUUUUCUUUUUGGAAAUAACGCUUAUUUGAAUAGAUGCAAACAUAUCAAGCACGUGCUUAUAUAGCGGCGUUUAUGGAAGAUUUUUCAAACUUUGAAGUCGUUAGGGAUAAUUAAGUGUUGACGUUUACAUACGCACGUGAUCAAGUCGAUGAAAUAUUAAGUGUUAUUAACAAUUCGAGACGUGAAUCGCCUUUUUUGAAAGUUGCGGUUUUGGGAGAAUUAAAUUGCAAUGGAACUCCAACAGAAAUUCAAAACCCGAUGAUCGAGUGAAUUAACAGUACGAAGCGUUAUUUGUUACUGAAAUAAAAAAAUUAUAUCAUAUUCAAAUA